UAACCUCAGGGUUUGAGCAAUUUUUUAAUCAAAUUUGGGGCAUGUGGCUGAAAUAUUUUAUAAUCCUAAUAAUACGUAAUUCUCUUGCAACCUCUAUAAGCAAAACUAAAUCUUUUAUAUAUUCUUUUUCCCUUUCCAACCCAAAUGAAUCUUUAAUUAAUAUUACCCCAAAAAUAAAAAUAAAAAAAUCUUUAAUUAAUAUUCAAUAGAUUGAGGGGGAAGAAAAGUAGAAACAAUAAUAGAUGGAAAAGUGUUUUAUUGUUUUUUGGAUACAAUGUAAAAUUGAUAUCUACUGGGUAUAUUAUAUUUACUUUCUGGUGCAUCAGUUUACCAGUGAAAGAUGAAGAAUUUGACGACGCAUAGCACUUGGGUCAGCUGAGCCGUUGUUGUCGAAGAAGAGGGCGAACAAGUUCGAGAGGCCACAGAGUGACCGCAAGAUCUCUGGUACGAGAGAUGUGAUGAUAGCUUCUGAUGCCCAGUCUUACUUGCAUGCUUUAUGUAAUAUGGUGUAUUUCAAUGGCUCUGCUUUGUUAGCAACUUUAUUUGAAGUUUCGACAUUUUGUAUUUGGUACCAGUUUGGGACAUGAGAAAAUCAAUAAGAGCCAUAUCCUCAGUUUUGCUUCCUAACACCCAUCUUGAUAGACCCAUCUCUAUACCAAACUCGCCCUUCCGUGUUAUGCCUAUUGCUACUGCAGCUACUUUUGACUUGAGGCCUGACUUGAGGCCUUCUGCCAGUCAUACUCCAUCAAUUCCUCAGAAUUCAUGUUCCCAAUUCCUCCUUCACUCAUUCUCUUCUUCCUUACAUCCUUCCCAUGUAUCCUCACAUGCCCCUUCAAUACACUCAGAUGAAGAUGCUAUUGUUGGUGGUGAUGAUCACCACAACAGUGAUGAUGAUCACCACAACAGCGAUGGUGAUGAGUGGGAAGUUUUGUGUGAAGAAACCAACUUCAAACAGUCAGAUUCAAUAACAGAAGAAGGUCUUGCCCAGGACGUGAAAGCUUUUGUGGAUAUAUUAUGUGAUGAUUCGGCAUGCUCCGAAAUGAAAAGUAAGCUUGAACAAUGUGGUAUUACAGCUUCCUCAGAGCUGGUAGAGCAGGUUCUUUCAAAGGUUCGUAAUGACUGGGAAGCAGCUUACACUUUCUUUCUUUGGGCUGGCAAGCAGCCAGAUUAUGCACACUCUGUGCGUGAAUAUCAUUCCAUGAUCUCUAUUCUUGGGAAAAUGAGAAAGUUCGACACUGCUUGGGCCUUGAUUGAUGAGAUGAGGAUGCAUACAGCUGGUCAAUCUCUUGUUACUUCACAGACUCUCUUGAUCAUGAUCAGGAGAUAUUGUGCAGUACAUGAUGUGGGGAUGGCUAUAAACACUUUCUAUGCUUACAAACGUUUUAAAUUGGAAGCUGGCAUUGAAGAAUUCCAACAUCUUCUUUCUGCUCUUUGCCGGUACAAGAACGUCCAAGAUGCUGAACACAUGCUUUUCUGUAACAGAAAUGUCUUCCCCUUCAACACCAAAAGCUUUAACAUUAUCCUGAAUGGCUGGUGCAAUGUGAUUGUUAGUCCACGUGAGGCAAACAGAAUUUGGAGGGAGAUGAGCAAGAGAGGUAUCCAACAUGAUGUUGUCUCAUAUGCAAGUAUCAUAUCUUGCUACUCAAAAGCCUACAACCUAAAUAUGGUGCUCAAGCUCAUCAACAGGAUGAAGAAAGCAAAAAUUUCUCCGGAUAGAAAAGUUUACAAUGCAGUGAUUUAUGCUCUUGCUAGAGGUAGACUUGUCAAAGAAGCUAUCAAUCUAAUUAAAAAAAUGGAAGAGAAGGGCAUAGCUCCAAAUGUUGUCACUUAUAACUCAGUAAUUACGCCCCUCUGCAAGGCUAGGAAAGUAGAUGAAGCUAGAGAUAUCUUUGAUGAGAUGCUACAACAGGGCCUUUGUCCCACUGUUCAGACUUACCAUGCCUUUUUCCGGAAUUUUAGGACUGGGGAAGAAGUCUUUAUGUUUCUAGAAAAGAUGAAAAACAUGGGUUGCCUACCAAGUGUUGAUACCUAUAAAAUGUUGAUUAGAAAAUUCUGUCGAUGGCGACAACUUGAUAAUGUCUCUAAAUUGUGGAGAGAGAUGAGUGGUUGUGGAGUCAAUCCUGAUCGUAGCUCUUAUAUAGUUUUGAUACAUGGUCUCUUUCUAAAUGGAAAGUUAGAUGAAGCAUACAAGUAUUAUAUAGAGAUGAAGGCAAAACAUUUUUUGCCAGAACCAAGGACAGAAGAGAUGCUUCUGGCAUGGGUGUCUGGUAGAGAAAUUAUGGAGUCCCAGAUGGAAAAUAUAAAUGACAACCAAUUGGAUUGUAGUAAUCCGGAAAAGAAAGCCAAGUCCAUCUCCAAAAGGAUUUAUCAUCGUGGAGACUUUCUUCAUGAACCUGAGACUAAAAGAGUUGUGAGAAAGCAAGGCUUUUCUUUCUGGGAGUAAUAGGCAUUUGUAAAUGUAACUCUCAGUGUUUUACUUGCUGAUGGCGGUGGAGUGACCUUCAACAUCAACAAUGUUGACUGUCACAAACCAUAUUAAAAUAGCUGAAAUAACAUUGUCUCAUUAAGGAUUGGCUACAAGUCAGUGAGUUCUGCUGCAUGGUUUAUGUCAUUGAGCUCAAGCAGGUAAGCAUAUUUUAUUAUUCAAAUGGAAUCAUGUACUUUGAUCAGAAAUCUGUUUUCUUGCCGCAUAAGCCUUAAAAUGCUUGUGGUGAAAAAGCUAAAGUUUUCAACUUAUCUUUGGAACCAGACACAUAUGUAAACAAUGAACACCUGGAUUAAUCUUAUCUUUUCAACUCUAACUCAUCAGUCUCAUCUGGGUUUUGUUGUGUUGGGUUGGGUUAUAUUUUGCUUCAUCUUUAGGUAGAUUUGUUAAUGAUACUCAUUUUGUGGUUAUUUGCAUUUUAUCUUUUAAACUGGUCAGUCCAAUAUGAGGUAGGCUAGAUUUAGUUUGAAUUUAGUACACUUAGGUUUAGGUAGCGCUUAUUUGCACGAUAAUAUUCUACCCUGAACCACGGUGCUAUUGCGGAAGGCAGAGAGAUAGAGAGGAGAGAAAGACUGUUGCUGCUGCUGCUGUUGUUAUAGAAAGGGAGAUCGUAAGGGACCAUAAGUCGCCAUGGGAGAGACACAGUGCUUGUGCUGGUGCUUUCAUGUGGGGGUCUCCUCUGGUGUGGAAUGCUGUUGGGAUUCAGGGCCUGCUUUGAGCCUCCCUGUUGACUUGCUUUUGAUAACGAGAAUAUAUUUCAAGUACUCCAACGUGACUGACGGUUGGCUUUCUUGUGUUAUUUAUUAUUGAUUUCCUUUUGCCAACCACUUUGAUCAUGCAUUUUACUUGCCUAAAUUAUAACAUAUUUUAUUAUACAGAAAUGGUUCAUGUUAAAUUUGUCUAAACCUGCGAAAUUUUUUGUGAAUUUUUAUAAUCUUUUGAAAACAAAAUUUAUGGUUUCUUAUACCAUCUUAUUUUA